AUGCCUAGCUGGUUUACAAACAAGCUUUCUGAAUGUUCUGGGCCAGUGCUUUCGACGGAUGACCUCUUAAAGCUUCGGGAACAAACUAGCUCGUUGAUAUUAAGCAUAAUAGUAAAUAAACUUGGUGAUCGUAGUAAGGAAUUCGCUUCUGCAGUGAUACAUAAACUACGUUUAAUCGCUGGAAUGUCUACUUCUCUUAUGCACUCAAUUGUCCAAGAAGUCCGAGCUUUCUUAUUCCGCCCUAACUUACUGGAAAGAUCUAAAUACUAUGCUCUUUCUCUCUUGAGUUGCCUGGAGCUCAAAAAGUCUUCAAAACAUUCGAAUGCUGGUGAUGUAGAUGUAACUGGCUUGGCUUCAACUAUAGUCAAGAUUUACAUGUCAUUUUUUCACUCGAUAGCUAAUUCCAAAGAGAUACCUGAACGUCUCACUUCAAUACUGCUUAGUGGCUUGUGUCGAACUGCUCCUUUUAUUACUGAGGAUGCAUACACAACCAUAGUUGAUGAAAUCAAUGAUUUAUUUCGACUUGUUCAUACAACUGGUUUCACAGUGUCUGUACAAGCUUUAUCUGUACUAUUUCAACUGUCCAUUCAUCGUGUAGCGAUACGUGAUCGUUAUUAUCAGGCAUUAUAUCGAAAACUCUUAGAUCCUGCUGUACAUCAAAGUUCAAAGAAUCCAACUCUUCUACGUCUAAUCUAUCAAAGUAUGAUAGCUGAUGAUGAUAUGGAUAGAAUUGCAGCAUUUGUUCAUCGAAUCCUUCAAUUGUGUAUUGCACACACAGAUCCCGGUUUUGUUAUAGGCUCUUUAAUUCUGCUUAGCAAAGUGUCUGCAUCAAAACCAAAUCUCCUGGUCGUUUCUCAGAUGAGUGGGGAGCAGUUACCAGUCGAUCAGAUGUCGACAUUAGCAAAAUUCGAACAAUCCGAUGACAGUGAUGAACACUUCAGUGACGCCCAAUGUACUGAAGAUGAAGGUGACGAGACUACACAGAACGGCAAAGUAAAUAAAGACAAUCUGUCAUCAUCAGAAAAGUUUAAAGUUUCUAAAAAGGAUCCAUCAUCAUCGUCUUGGUAUCAUCGGUCGCUAAGAAAAGAUCGUGCAUCUAAUAACCCAUUCGGCAGUGGUUAUAAUCCAACAGCUCGUGAACCAAAAUUUUCAAAAGCUGCCGGUUGUUUACUCUGGCCACUUACUCUUUUAUCAAAGCAUAUUCAUCCUACUAUCAGUCUGUUUGCUAAUUCCCUGUUGAAUAAUUCACCGAUAAAAUAUACUGGAGAUCCGUUUACAGAUUUCGCAAUGAUGCAUUUCCUGGAUAGAUUUGCUUAUAAGAAACCAAAGGUGAAACAGCUGAAUCAACAGAAAUCAGAGUCUGGAGGUGUUCGAAAAAUUGUACCUGGAAAGUUCUUACAGCGUAAAAAAGCCCCGUUGUCUGGUCCACGUUCAAUAUCUGUGGAUAGUACUGCAUUUCGACAUAUGCCAGUGACUAGUGUUCCUGUACAUGAACGAUUUUUCCAUAAUUAUUUCAAAUUUAUGGAAACACGACCAGGCAGCCAGACUAAGAAAACCGCUAAAAAACUCCGUGAGGAGGAUGCAGACGAAAGUGAUGCGGACUCAGUGCCUGACUCUGAAUUCGAUGAUUAUCUAUCAAAACACGAGAAAGGUCUAUUCCCAGCGAAUGAUGAAUGGGAGAAUGAUGAGGAACCAGAAUUCAGCGAAGAAGACUUUACUGAUGAUGAUAAUGCAGAGGAUGACGGCGAAACGAAAGAAUAUGACUUUUCAGAAAUGGAUAAUCUAGAUGUUUCAGCAAUUUCCAAGAUAAACAAAGCAAAGAAAUCUGUUGAUUCAAAAGCUUCCAGUCGUAAAGUCAGUGCUGAUAUCAACGACGAUGAUGAUGAUGAUGAUCUUGAUGAUGCUGCUGCAGAUGAUGACGAUGAUUAUGAAGAAGACGGAGAAGAAGAGGAAGAGGGAGACGAGGACUUUGGUGAGGACAGUUCAGACGAUGAUGAAGAUGACGAUGAUAUUGAUGAUAUUCCUGAUAAACCUGGACAAUUCAAUCUCAACAAUCUUUUUGCGAGUGCAGAAGAAGUCGGUCAUUUAUACGAUUUACAAGAGACUGGUAAGGAGAAGCGUCAACGAUUUUGGGAACAGAAACGUUUAAAUUCUCAAAGUGGUGAUUAUAGUCGAAAACGUGGACGACAACAAAAAGGAAGUUUUAUUAAAAGUAAUAAGGGUAAAUCAAGUGGACAGUUCAAACAACAACAACAUCAGAUGAAAAGUUCAAAGGCUAAACGUCCACGUCGUGCUUAGUGGGAUGUGUAAAAAACAGUUUUUCACACUUGAAAGAUUCUGUACAUUUAAUACUUUCAAAUGAAAUCCUUUACUUUUCUUGUGACUUC